GACCAUCGAGAGCGACUUCCGGCGUCGCUGGCGGCGGUGGGUGAAGACGGAGCGGGUCCUCGCCUCUCGCUCUCACUCCGUCGCUCUCUCUCGGGCCAACAUGGCGGGCGCGGAGGAGGCCGCGUCCUUCGGGAACCACCUGAAUGGUGACCUCGAUCCAGACGACCGGGAGGAGGGAACCUCCAGCACGGCCGAGGAAGCUGCCAAGAAGAAGAGGCGGAAGAAGAAGAAGGGCAAAGGGGCCGUGUCAGCCAUGCAACAAGAACCUGACAAAGAAGCCGCCUCCGUGGACGAAGUAGCAGGACAGUUGGAAAGACAAGCAUUGGAUGAGAAAGAGAGAGAUGAUGAUGAUGAAGAUGGAGAUGGAGAUGGUGAUGGUGCAACUGGGAAGAAGAAGAAAAAGAAGAAGAAGAAGAAAGGACCAAAAGUUCAAACAGAUCCUCCCUCAGUUCCAAUAUGUGACCUGUAUCCCAAUGGUGUGUUUCCCAAAGGACAAGAGUGUGAAUACCCACCCACCCAAGAUGGGCGAACAGCUGCUUGGAGAACUACAAGUGAAGAAAAAAAAGCAUUAGAUCAGGCUAGUGAAGAGAUUUGGAAUGACUUCCGAGAAGCUGCAGAAGCACAUCGACAAGUUAGAAAAUACGUUAUGAGCUGGAUCAAGCCUGGGAUGACAAUGAUAGAGAUCUGGUCACUGAUUUUAAAUCAUCUCUGGGAACUUGAAUGCCAUCUUCUAACUUUUAACUGGCAGGUUAGUAAGGUAAGUGCUGUAAGGAAGGUAAAUCAAUUUAAAGAUGGCCUUUUUUCUCUUUCAGGUAGAAUAAUUGAUUGUGCUUUUACUGUUACUUUUAAUCCCAAGUAUGAUAUAUUAUUAAAAGCUGUAAAAGACGCUACUAAUACUGGAAUAAAGUGUGCUGGGAUUGAUGUUCGUCUCUGUGAUGUUGGUGAAGCCAUUCAAGAAGUUAUGGAGUCCUAUGAAAUAGAACUAGAUGGGAAGACUUAUCAAGUGAAACCCAUCCGUAAUCUAAAUGGACAUUCAAUUGGACCUUAUAGAAUACACGCUGGGAAAACGGUGCCCAUUGUGAAAGGAGGGGAGGCAACAAGAAUGGAGGAAGGAGAGGUGUAUGCCAUUGAGACCUUUGGUAGCACAGGAAAGGGUGUUGUUCAUGACGACAUGGAAUGCUCACACUACAUGAAAAACUUCGAUGUGGGACACGUGCCAAUAAGGCUUCCAAGAACAAAACAUCUGUUAAAUGUCAUCAAUGAAAACUUUGGCACCCUUGCCUUCUGCCGCAGAUGGCUGGAUCGGUUGGGCGAAAGUAAAUACUUAAUGGCUCUGAAGAAUCUGUGUGACUUGGGCAUAGUAGAUCCAUACCCACCACUGUGUGACAUCAAAGGGUCGUACACAGCACAGUUUGAACACACCAUACUGUUGCGUCCAACUUGUAAAGAAGUCGUCAGCAGAGGAGAUGAUUAUUAAACUCGUCCAAAGCCAACUCAACUUUGUUUUCUAAGCUUUGUUGGAACACAUUAUACCACAAGUAAUUUGCAACAUGUUGUCUGUGUUAACAGUGGACCUGUGUAGUACCUUUAUCCAUGUUUCAAGGAGUUUGAUCAAAGGCAGACUGUCUACAUGUAAUUAACCCAGGAAAAGGCUUUCAAGACUUUGAUGUUAACUGUUUCCCCCGUCUAGGAAACGCUCUGCUCCCUAGUUAGGAAUUAGUUACACACUUUGUUUUGAAGACCUAAGCGAUGCUUUUUGGAUAUUUAUAUUGCCAUAUUCCUACUUGAAUGCUUUGAAUGACUGCAUACAUCCAGUUCUGCACCUGUGCCCUCUGGUGUUGCUUUUUAACCUUCCUGAAGUCCAUUUUCUAAAUAAAAACAUUUUCAGAU